AACUAAACUGCCUUACACAAACAAAACACCUAAACUGAAGGUUACUCUCACUCCAACUCUCUCUCUCUCUCUCCGCUCGCCGGGGGUGAAAAUUCUCCUUUCACGAGCUUCAUCGUUCUUCACAAGCUUCUCGAUCUCUGUCAUCCGCUUUACAACGCAAUUUUCCGUUUCAAUUUGCGUACAAUUUCCACUUAAUUUGAGUUUUCGCUGCUUGAACGAUCCGGAAAUUACUUCUCCCAGCCGAUGGAUCGUGCUGGGUUUAUAUGGGCGAAACGAUGAUACGCAUCAAGAUGAGUUCGUGGAUGCUCUGUUUUUUCUGUUCUACUUGAAAUGGUGGAGAAAUUUGUGCGAACAGGAGAGGAAGCCUAAUGAAGCAGAAGGUUGCGCAGCGGAAGGCUGUCUUCAAAUGGAAGAGGAAGCUCGCAAUUUUUCUAUUGGUUGUAUUUUGCUUCGGGAGCUUAGUUAUGAUGCAGUCUCGGUAUGGUCGGGUUAUGAUGCUGGCGUCAUUGCAUCCUCAAUCGGCUUCGGGACCGAAAAUCGCGUUUCUGUUCAUAGCUCGGAACCGGCUUCCGUUGGACAUAGUUUGGGAUACGUUUUUUCAGGAAGGAGAGAAUAAGUUUUCGAUCUUUGUUCAUUCGAGGCCAGGAUUUUUAUUUAACAAGGCGACUACAAGAUCGACCUAUUUUUUGAAUCGUCAAGUUAAUGAUAGUAUACAGGUAGACUGGGGUGAGGCAAGCAUGAUUGAGGCAGAACGUAUCUUGCUUAGACAUGCACUUACCGAUACUUCAAAUCAACGAUUUAUUUUUCUUUCUGACAGCUGCAUACCAUUAUACAACUUCAGCUACACAUAUGACUAUGUCAUGUCAACUUCGGCUAGUUUUGUGGACAGUUUUGCUGAUACAAAAGAAGGGCGUUACAAUCCUAAAAUGGAUCCUGUAAUUCCUGUUCAUAACUGGAGGAAAGGAUCUCAGUGGGUUGUAUUGACAAGAAAACAUGCGAAGGUUGUAGUGAUGGACAUUACAGUCUUUCCUAUGUUUCAACAGCAUUGCAAGAGGAAGUCACUACCAGAGUUUUGGCGGGAUCGUCCAUUUCCUAAUGAUGCAUCCAAGGAACACAAUUGCAUACCUGAUGAACAUUAUGUUCAGACUUUAUUGGCCCAAGAAGGACUUGAAGAAGAGCUCACACGAAGAUCACUUACAUAUUCAGCUUGGGAUCUCUCGUACUCCAAAGACCAUGAACGUCGAAAUUGGCAUCCUGUAACAUACAAAUUUUCAGACGCUACGCUUGAUCUAAUACAAUCUAUAAAGGGUAUUGAUAAUAUAUAUUACGAAACCGAAUAUCGAAGAGAAUGGUGCACCAGUAAGGGAAAACCAUCCAGAUGUUUUCUUUUCGCGAGGAAGUUCACCCGUCCAGCUGCUCUCCGCCUGCUUAAUAUGUCUGCGCUCGGAGUGAAGCCUAAUUAAUAUUUGUAAAGGCGUCGUAGUCUCGGUCGAGGAAACCCUAUAACUAUGCAGAAAAUACAAACUCCCUGUACAUCAGGGGAAAGCCUGGCAUUACUCGUUAGCAGUCACUGAAUAAUUUCUCGAUAUAGAGGUGUGUAUUUACUAUUACCACGGUGUAUAUUGUCAAAUGUUUUUAUAUAGAAAAUAAAUGAGAGUGAUAGGGGAUUGUUUUUAUUCAUUUGGUUGUGCAUGAUGAAGCUAACUUCUAGAGAACUAAAAACAUUAGGAGUUUAGGAUGACCCAGAGUCAGGAAUACUAACCUCUGAACAUUAGAAGUUUGAAAGUAUAAUGUGAUACAUAGUUUUAUUUGAUGUC